UUUGACAGCUCCAAUUUCACUUUCACAAAAGAAUCUCUCUACAAAAGAAAAAAACCUUCAAUUAACUUUUAUCAAUGGCAUAGAACCCAAUCUGGAAUGUGAAAUAUUAAGGAAGUCGAUUUAAUUGUACGGAAUUAUACUUUCGUUGGCUUGAUUAAUUAAUACGUUCCUAUUAAAAACAUAGUGAAAUCGCUGUGAUAUCGUAGCCCGAGGACAAUGUUUUUGUUAGUAUAGUGAGGAUAUUAUUUGAUUAUUUUGCAAUUAGUAACAUAUUUCUGGACAAAGACGGACGUUUUUAAGCAUUAUGGGACUUUUAUUUGCCAAAUUGUGGAGUUUAUUUGGAAAUGAUGAACACAAAAUAGUAAUUGUUGGCCUGGAUAAUGCAGGCAAAACCACAAUUUUAUAUCAAUUCCUUAUGAACGAAGUGGUCCAUACAAGUCCCACAAUAGGAUCCAAUGUAGAGGAAGUCGUGUGGAGAAAUAUUCAUUUUAUUAUGUGGGAUUUGGGGGGCCAGCAAUCUCUCAGGGCUGCAUGGAGUACAUAUUACACAAAUACCGAGUUUGUGAUAGUAGUAGUAGAUUCAACAGAUCGAGAAAGACUAACAGUGAUAAGAGAAGAACUUUACAAAAUGUUAUCCCAUGAAGAGUUAUCGAAAGCAGGAGUUUUGGUUUAUGCCAACAAACAAGAUGUCAAAGGAUCAAUGACCGCCUCGGAAAUUUCCAAAGAGUUAGAUUUGACAUCGAUUAAAAAACAUCAGUGGCAUAUACAGAGCUGUUGUGCACUCACAGGAGAAGGGUUAUACCAAGGUCUAGAAUGGAUAGCAAAUCGUUUGAAGAAAAAAUGACAUCUCUUUCAUAUCAUUUAAACUGCCAAAAUUGACCUAAAUAAUUACGUUAUUGUCUUGUAAAAAAAAUAUUAUCCAAAUAGGGUAACACAUUAAAUGUAAGUAAACGUUAAAUCACAACACAUUUCAGAUCCAGGUUUAGAUUCUCAUAUUGAGAACGGCAUUGAACUUUAUAUUAAAAAAAUAUCUUCCAUGCAAGUGUGAAUUGUGUGAUAUCCAAGGCAUGUAAUUAAAUAAACUUGAUUCAGCUUGAAUGUGGGUAGAAACUAAUUCACACUUGGUCUAUGCCAAAUGUAUUAUAGAACCUACAAAAAAAAGAGAAUCAUUUAAAAGGUUUGUGAUAUAUGUAUAGUGACUAAAUAAGAACACUUUUAUAGGUUGUAUCUUGUUAUAAAAUGGCAAAAUAUUGUUUUUUAAUGUCUGUUUAAGUGAUUUUUAUUGUAUGGAGUAAAUAGUUGAUUAUUUAGUUCAAUUAUUUGAUUAGUGUUUGAGAAAAUAUGUAUAUUCGCCUUCAAUUACCUUGAGAGGGCUGUUGUAAUGGGACAGGUCUGGUAUACUUUAUUUUGGUAUUUUUUUAGGUUGUAUUAUUAUAAUAGCAGUAUAUUAUGUACAGAUAAGAUUAAAGAUUAAUUAACAAAUA